AUGUCUUCUUAAAUCUUUUUUCUUAUGGUAAUUCUUUCUUCCAAUUACGGUUAUAGUUCCGGCCUAUAGGUUUCUCUUUUAUUUUGAUUUUUCAGACUUUCCUUUCUUUCUCCAAUCUUCUGCUUCGACUUUUAUACUGGAAUUGCAGUGUCCAUCUUUCUUUCAAAUCCAUACUUUCAGUCUUUCUUCUCUGUUGUACUUCCUUUGUUUCCACUAAAAUGGCAACAAAUGAUGUUGGCAAAUCAGGUGCUUCUUGCUGCAAUUCACUCUCUGCACCCUGUGCUUUUAAAUUAUCUGAUGGAAAACUUUCAGUUAAUGGGGUCACAUUACUUUCUGAGGUACCUGAAAAUGUAACUCUCACCAAAUUCUGUUCAUCACCUCAGUCAUCAGAUGCGCCAGUGCCCCUAGUACAGAAGGUCCAAUCUGCAUCCCAUAGAGGUGGGUUUCUUGGGUUCAGCACACGUGAGGGAUCUGAUAACCUGAAGACUUCACUGGGUCGAUUCACAGAAAGAAACUUUUUAAGCAUCUUCAGAUUCAAAACAUGGUGGUCUACCCAGUGGGUAGGACGAAGUGGAUCAGAUUUGCAGAUGGAAACCCAAUGGCUGCUUCUUGAUGUCCCUGAACUGGGUUCCUAUGCCUUGAUUCUUCCAUUGGUUGAAGGUUCAUUCAGGUCUGCCCUCCAUCCUGGGACUGAUGGCCAUGUCAUUCUCUGUGCUGAGAGUGGUUCAACCAAAGUAAAAACUUCAACUUUUACAGCAUGUGCCUAUGUUCAUGUGAGUGAUAAUCCAUAUGUGCUGAUGAAGGAGGCUUACGGUGCUGCUAGAGUUCAUCUCAACACCUUCAGGUUGCUGGAAGAGAAGUCGGUUCCAUCCCUCGUCGACAAGUUUGGUUGGUGCACUUGGGAUGCCUUCUACUUGACAGUGAAUCCUGUUGGUGUUUGGCAUGGAGCUAAGGAAUUUGUGGAAGGAGGUGUGCCGCUGAGAUUCCUGAUAAUUGAUGAUGGAUGGCAAAGCAUCAGCUUGGAUGGAGAAAACCCAUUUGAGGAUGCCAAAAAUCUGGUUUUGGGAGGUACCCAGAUGACUGCCAGGCUCUAUAGAUUUGAGGAGUGUGAGAAGUUCAGGAAGUACAAGAAAGGAACAAUGUUGAGCAAUUCUCCACCAGCAUUUGAUCCAGCAAAGCCGAAGAUGCUGAUCGGUAAGGCGAUCGAGCUCGAGCAAGCUGAGAAAACAUGCGAAAAGGCAAUUCAGGCUGGUGUCACCGAAUUAUCCGGCUACCUGUCAAAGAUUAAGGAGCUAAGACUGCAGCUGCAUGAAAUGUAUGCUGGCAAGGAACAGGAGAAUGAAGCUAUUGCAGAGAGUGACUGUUGUGAGCCAAUAAGCAGGGGAAUGAAGGCAUUCACUAGUGAUCUGAGGACUGCUUUCAAAGGACUGGAUGAUAUCUAUGUAUGGCAUGCUCUCUGUGGAGCCUGGGGUGGUGUUAGGCCUGGAACCACACAUCUCAACUCCAAAAUAACUCCUGUGGUUGUUUCUCCAGGACUUGCAGGGACAAUGACAGAUCUGGCUGUUGAGAAGAUUAAAGAAGGUGGCAUUGGACUAGUUCAUCCUAACCAAGCAACUGAUUUUUAUGACUCCAUGCAUUCGUAUCUUGCAAGUGCAGGAAUUACAGGAGUCAAAGUUGAUGUCAUUCAUACGCUCGAAUAUGUCUCGGAGGAAUAUGGUGGGCGGGUUCAGCUAGCUAAUGCUUAUUAUGGGGGCCUGACUAAAUCACUUACUAAGAACUUCAAAGGUACAGGAUUGAUCUCAAGCAUGCAACAAUGCAAUGAUUUCUUCUUUCUUGGGACCUGGAAAAUAUCAAUGGGAAGAGUGGGGGAUGACUUCUGGUUUCAAGAUCCAAAUGGAGAUCCAAUGGGAGUCUACUGGCUGCAAGGGCUUCACAUGAUUCACUGUGCUUACAAUAGCCUGUGGAUGGGACAAAUUAUCCAGCCAGACUGGGAUAUGUUCCAGUCAGACCACCUCUGUGCAAAGUUCCAUGCUGGUUCGAGGGCCAUUUGUGGAGGACCUAUCUAUGUGAGUGACUCUCUGAGCGGCCAUGACUUCCAACUCAUCAAGAAACUUGUUUUCCCAGAUGGAACCAUUCCCAAAUGCCUGCAUUUUGCACUCCCAACAAGGGACUGCUUGUUCAAGGACCCGCUUUCUGAUGGUGAAACAAUACUGAAGAUUUGGAACUUUAACAAGUUUGGAGGGGUUAUCGGCGCAUUUAACUGCCAGGGAGCAGGUUGGAAUAGGCAAGAGCAGAGGUUUAAAGGGUACCCACAAUUCUAUAAGCCAGUUUCAGGAUCAGUUUGUGCAAAAGACAUUGAGUGGGAUCAGAAAAAAGAAGCUGCUCAAAUGGGAGAAUCAGAAGAAUAUGCAAUCUAUCUCAGCCAAGCAGUGAGGCUACUGACAGUGAAUUCGAGAUCAGAAGCAAUUCAUAUCACCAUCGAGCCAUCUAGCUUUGAAAUAUUCAGCUUUGUGCCCCUAAAAAGGCUUGGACAGGCCUUCAAGUUUGCACCAAUUGGACUGGUUGACAUGUUCAACAGUGGAGGAACAAUUCUGGAUAUGGUGCACAGUGAGGCAGAAGGUGAGACCAGUGUGAGGAUUCAGGUCAAAGGAGCAGGUUCCUUCCUGGCCUAUGCCAACGUGAAACCAAAGUCAAUCAGCAUGAAUGAAGUAGGAACUGAAUUUGAGUGGUUGGACGGUGCAAAACUUCUCAUAGAUGUCCCGUGCAAUGAGCAGUAUAUCUCGGACCUCAUGUUCCAUUUUUCCCUUCUGUCCCUUGAUUAUUGA